ACUACAAUGGAUUGGUUAAGUCCAGUUUCAUGCGAAAGCUUCAGUAUGAAUUCCUUCUUGCAAUCCCAAGUGAUGAUUUUUGCCAUUGAAGAGAUAAACCAGCACAGACUUAUCCCUAACCUUACUUUGGGAUAUGACAUCCAUGACACAUGUGGAGAUGUAAGCUUUGCCCUCGCAGCCACGCUGCAGAUGCUCUGGGCUGCCCCGUCACACCCUGAAAGCAGUUUUAAGCCUAAAACCAAAGUGCUCAUUGGACCGACGACCUCAGAAGAAGCCACAGCCGUGGCCCGAGUGGCUGCUAUGGCUUCAUUUCCUCAGAUUAGUUAUUCUGCAACCAGUGAGCUCCUGAGCAGGAAGAGCAAGUUCCCCACUUUUAUGCGAACCAUAUCUAGUGAUGAAUAUCAAACCAAAGCUAUUGCAGAGCUGGUCAGUCAGUUUAAAUGGGUGUCAGUGGCCAUUGUGGGAAGUGAUGAUGAGUAUGGGAGAUAUGGCAGUGACCGUCUCUAUAAUGUUUUCACCACGAAGAAGCUUUGCAUUGAAUUUCAUAAAAUACUUCCUGGGGAUUUUUCUGAAAGCAAUAAUGCUAACACACUUUUAGAGUUAUUACAAUUGAUUAGGACAUCCACAGCAGAAGCCAUAAUACUGUUCACUCUGGAGAGCAAUGUAAAAAUCAUUUUGAAAGAAGCAAUGAAACAAAACCUCAGAAGAACAUGGAUUGCAAGUGACACAUGGUCCACGUCCAUUGAGCUCUCAGAGUUGGUUGGCAUUGGGGAUGUUUUUGGAUUCAUUUCUAAAAGGAGUGAGGUCUUAGGAUUUAAGGAAUAUAUCAUAAAUAAGACAAUAGAGUAUAAUGACACAUUAAAGACUUGUAAUGUCCCAUGUCCAGACCAGCAGUGCUUGGUACAUUACAUUGAUACAGAUUUUGCGUACAAUGUCUACCUAGCUGUACAAGUAAUAGCAGAAAGUCUGAGGCAAUUACUUAAAUGUUCUGAUCAACAGUGCAAGCGGACAACCCCCUUUACAUCUUCAGAGCUGUUCCAGGCAAUGAGAAAAGUUAACUUCACUGUAAACAAAACAAGUAUAUCCUUUAAUAAAAAUGGAGAUCCCAAAUUGGGGUAUGAUAUUUUGUACUGGAACAUUUCUGGAGAAAUUGAAACUGUCGGCGAGUACUGGCCUAAUGGACAUAUCACCAUUUCAGACCAUCUUGUUGAACAAAAAAGCAAUGCACAGAAAUGCAAUGCCAGUUUCUACUCUCCUCAAAAAGGAGACCCAUGUAUCCCUUGUGGUGAAGACCAGUAUUCCUCUCCUCAAAGAGACACAUGUUUGAAUAAAACAGUAAAGUACCUGCAGUGGACAGAUCCCGUCAGUGUCAUUCUGUCUGUUCUGGACAUAAUUGGCCUUGUUAUAACUCUCACUUUUGGUGUAUUAUUUGCUAUUCAUUUUAACACUCCCAUUGUUAAAUCCAUUGGUGGUUACUUGUGUGGCCUGGAGAUUUUGUCCUUGUUGUUUUGUUUUAGCAUUGGCUUUGCCUUCCCUGGUUUUCCCAAUCCUAUAACGUGCAUGGUGGGCCUUCCUAUAUUUUGCAUUGCCUUUUCCCUUUGUAUCUCUUGUAUAUUGGCCAACUCACUUCAAAUAUUAGUGGGUUUCAACUUUAACCAAAGGGUGGCUUUUUGGCUAAAGAAAUUGAACCGGCCACUGGCCGUGGUGGCUCUUGCCUCAGGUAUCCAGCUGAUUGUUUGUGUUGCCUGGAUGUGCAUCAACCCCCCUAUACCGACUGUAUUCAAAUUCAAUUUUCAUAACGUUAAAGUCUGUGAAAUGGACUCGCUGUAUUUCUUUGCAGCCACGUUUGCUUAUUUGGUUUGUCUUGGACUUGUCUCCUUUUUUUUUGCGCAUAAAGGAAGGCAACUCCCAGAUUUGUAUAAAAAUGCAAGCUCAGUUGCCAUUAGUAUGUUGCUGUUCUUACUUAUCUGGGUUAUCUCACUGCCAGUUUAUUUUAGUAUGGUUGGUUUUUACAAACAUGCAGUUGAAGGAACAACUAUAGUCAUAACCAGCUUCAGCAUCUUAUUUGGUCACUUAGCUCCUAAGUGUUAUAUUAUAGUGUUCAAAAAAGAGCUCAAUAAUGAAAAUGCCAUUCUAGAGUACAUCAGGAAGCAUUAUGAGCAGAAUGGCAUCCCCGUUGUGAGAUCUGAACAGACCUUUUAA